AACUCACCGUCGACAUCAAUUGGUAUGGAUAAUAUCUACGAAUUUGGAGCUAAGUUGUUAUUUUCGGCGGUCGAAUGGGCCAAAAAUUUGGCCAUUUUCAAUGAACUGACCGAUACUGACCAGCUAACGCUACUUCGCGCAAGUUGGGCAGAACUGUUCGUAGUAAAUGCGGCUCAGUUCGGAAUGCCGGCACAUGUGGCGCCGCUACUCGCCGCUUCUGGACUGCACUCCACAACACCACUUCCAUCCGAACAACUCGUCGUGUUCAUGGAUCGGAUACGUAUCUUUCAGGUAGUUCAGGAUGAAUUUAAUUCGUUUUCUAAAUAUGUAUAA